GGGUUGACGAUUCAGGUGGACCCCCACCCGUCACCUGACCUGGGGAAACGGCGCUGGGGCUGAGACACUCACCUUUCAGCUCUAACACCCCGCGGACGGCCGUGUUCGCGGGCAGCAUGCAGCUGCUGGCCGGGGUCAAGCUGUGCACGGGCAGGACGCUCACCAACCACCCGCACUACGAGGACAGCGGCCUGCGGGCGCGCACCCGGGCGGUGUACCAGGUCUAUGCGCGGAGGCCCCCCGAGGAGGUGCACGCGCUGCUGCGGGGCCCUGGGCACCGACUUCGUGAUCCUGGAGGACAGCAUCUGCUUCGAGCGCAGGCACCGGCGCGGCUGCCGCCUGCGGGACCUGCUGGACGUGGCCAACGGACACAUGAUGGACGGCCCGGGAGAGAACGAGGCGGGUUUGCAGCCGGCAGGCCACCCCCGCUUCUGCGAGGAGAUCCGGAGGGGCCUGCCGGCCUACGCGGCGCUCUUCACCCGCGUGUUUCAGAACAAGACCUUCCACGUCUACCGGCUCCAGAAGCACGUGGCCGGGCCUCCCGCUCCGUCUCCGUCAGGACAGGCUCGAUAGCUAGUGUUUCGUGGUGAUGCAGCUGGAACCUCGGCGCUGUGGUCGCAGCAGGCUCUGCGCUCGGCGAUGUUCACACCACCGCCCCCGCCGUUGGAGUCUCCUCUACCAGCCUCUCCGUCGCCUCGUCUCUGUCCUUCUCUGGGGUGUUCUCCAGCCUAAAUGGUCUCAGCUUCCCAGGAGGGACGUAGGCUUCCGUGGCCGGGAACCCGCACGUGUCCAUCGGUGGCCUGAACCGCCACGCAUCCUGUGGGAAAUCCACAGCCCGUCUGAACUUUCAGGUGACCUCCGGCCGAGGCGGCUGAGUGCAUCGAGGGUGCGUGACGACGUUAGGUAACACUGUCUCACUAGUGAAGGCCAACCAGUGGCUUUUCAAAGGCUCCUUGUUGUCCUGUUUCACCUACAAGUUUUAUAAUAUUUUCAGAUGACCAUGCUUUUAAUAUUUCCAGAACAAUCAUGUUAGGUCCUUGUAACCAGAACGUCUUGCUGUGCUCCGUCUGACAUGUAUCGUGUAACACGUGUCGUGUCCUGUGGGUGCAUGUGUGUGCGUGGGCGCAUACGUGUGCGUGUGUGAGUGCCGGACACUGGGACGUUUCAGGAUCCACAUUGUAAGUCUUUAAGGGGCGGGAAUGUGUAUGUGGCCGCGUGAGUGUCCCUGUCCAGUGUUAUCAUUUUACAACCUACUGACACCACGGACCUAUCCUGCAAGAAAGAUAACUUCUGAUUUCUUACUUGUUUAAAUUGACUGGGUUUGCACAAUUUUAUAAACGCUUUGUUUUUAGCCUUUGUAUUUUUACAGCCUAGAGCCUUGCAGCCUGAAUAUUUUCUAAAUAUUGUCUCUUACCUGCGUCACUGAUGCAGUAUUUCUGGCCGAGGGCCUUUCCUGCCAAGUCGGACUGGUCUCCAGUGUCACUGUGAGGGGCCGGGGGCGGGUCACUUCCUCCCUCCACGCACCCAAGUGCCUCGACAUCCCGCUCACCCCUGUGCACGAGGGCUCUGCGUCUGCUCGCGAGGUUUCAUAAUUAACUUCUAAUAACGGGCAUAAAGCUGUUGGUGAAAGCAUUCUGUACGGUUCAUUAAACCAGGAUGGCCAAUGAA